AUGGGUACCGUUCGAGCACCAGAAGUCGAUCUCGAGAAGGGUGUGGAACCCGAGGAAGAAGUGAACCCUACACAAGCAUUCUUUAACGAAGUCGCUGUUCUCCGGCAAGAAAACAAAGAUAUCCAAGCCAAAAUUCAGAUUAUCCGCGAACUUCAGGCGGAAUCCCUCUCUAAAGUUACAGAUGAAGAAACGGCAGCUGUCAACAACCAGAUUAGUGCCCAAGUGGCAGAACUAUCGAAGAUGAACGCGGAGAUGACAAGGCGAAUUAAAUUUCUGGCAUCCAAAACAAAGGAAGACUCCGACCAUGCGAACCAUGUCAAACUUAUAGAAAAGGAAUUCAAGCAAGCGAUCCAUCGAUAUCAGGAAGUAGAAGUCGAAUAUAAGAAGAAGAUGAGAGAGCAACUGGCUAGACAGUACUUAAUCGUCAACCCCGAUGCAACCGAGGAAGACAUUAAGAAAGUGCAAGAAGAGGGCAACCAACCAAUUUUUCUGACUGCUAUAAUGGAUUCUCGGAGAGAACAAGGAAGCUCGGCAUUAAAUGAAGUUCGCAACCGUUAUAAAGAGAUCCAGAAGAUUGAGCAAACCAUGGAGGAGCUAGCGGACCUCUUUACCCAAUUGAACCAACUUGUUUAUCAACAAGAUGAAGCAAUCCAGGAGAGUGAAGACAAGGCCAGAAAAACCGCGGAGGACGUUGAAGCUGGUGCCAAUACGCUCGGUGUUGCGAUUGAACAUGCAAAACGGGCUCGUAAAAACAAGUGGUGGCUGUUGAUAAUUGUUUUUAUCAUAAUCAUUAUUAUCUUAUUUGCGGUUCUCUUUACGAUAAAGCCGUGGGAGUAA